UUUAAAUACUUCAACCACACUCAUCUCUGACCUCUCUCGCUCUCUCUCUUCAUAAAACACAUUCUGGUUUAUUGAUAUCACUCUUCAUCAAACAACACCCCACGAUAGAUAUGCAAUAACUCCCUCCCACUCCCACACCAUUUUCAAUCCCCAUCCCCCUUUCCCAUUCUUCCAAUUAUUCUCUCUCUCUCUCUCUCUUAUGCAUUUUCACAAACACAUGGUGCUCGCAACUUCCCACUAACUCAAACCCCUCCAAAUCCAUUCACCCACCACAACAAACCACUCACUCUCCACCGGCCAUGGCUCUAGAGACUCUCUUAGUCAAGGUCAAAACCGCCAUUCCACCCAAGCUACUCAAGAAAAAACAAUCAUUCAAGUCCAAGCACCAAAACGUUGGCGUUUUGGCCUUCGAGGUCGCCGGAACCAUCUCGAAGCUUCUCCAUCUCUGGCACUCUCUCUCCGACGCUGCCGUCCUACGCCUCCGAAACGACACCGUCGCUGCGCUCGACGGCGUCAGGAAGAUCGUCUCCGACGACGAGUCGUUCCUCCUCGGACUCGCCUGCGCUGAGUUCGCCGAGUCUCUCCGCAUCGCCGCCGAGUCAGUGGCCCGACUCGCAGACCGGUGCUGCGAUCCGGAGCUCCGCGAAUUCCGGCAGGCUUUUCGCGAGUUCGCGGAUUCAGGCCUGGACCCGAACGGGUGGGCCCAAUCAGGCCCAAAAGAGACCGAAGCGAAGAUCAAGAAAUUGGAGCGUUACGUGGCUUUCACGGCAACACUCUACCGCGAAAUGGAAGAGCUUUUGGCUUUGGAGAAUGGGUUGAAGAAAUUCUUAUUGAAUCACAGCAACAACAACAACAACAACGAAGGUUCUUUUGUUUUAGGUUUGAAGGAUCAGCAGAAAGUUUACGACACUCAGCAAAAGAUUUUCUGGCAUAAACAAGAGGUGAAGGAUCUAAAGGAAAGAUCUUUGUGGAGCAGAAACUUCGACAGCGUUGUUUCUUUGAUGGUUAGGUUUUGCUUCAUUGUUCUUGCAAGAGUUAAGGUUGUGUUUGGAGUUGGUCAAACAGUACCACCUUUGUCUCGUAGCUUAUCAGGUUACGCCACUGUUCACCCCUCAGAUCAUCAUCAUCAUCACCAAAACCCUAGUACUCCUUGUGACGAUUCAGAUUCUGGGUCAUCAGAAAGUUCCAAACUUGAAGAGAAAGAAGAGAGUAAAAUGGGAAGUAGUAAUAAUAGUAUGUGUUUGUUUUUAGUAUCAUAUUGUAAGCUCUUGAAGCCAGAACCUAACACUUUGGGUUCUCAGGGUUUAGCCUUGCACUAUGCAAAUUUGAUCAUAGUUAUGGAAAAGAUGAUCAAAUCUCCGCAUCUAGUUGGUGCUGAUGCAAGGGAUGAUUUGUAUAGCAUGUUGCCUAAUAGCAUAAGGUGUGCUUUGAGGGCAAGGUUGAAGGGUAGUGCUGGCUUUUGCGCGAGCGAUCCGGCGCUGGCCGGCGAGUGGAGGGAUGCUUUAGGGAGGAUAUUGGGGUGGCUUUCGCCGUUGGCACAUAACAUGAUCAGGUGGCAAAGUGAGAGGAGCUUUGAGCAGCAUAACUUGGUGCCAAAGACCAAUGUGUUGCUGUUGCAAACAUUGUUUUUUGCAGAUAAGGAGAAAACUGAGGCUGCCAUAACUGAGUUGCUUGUUGGGUUGAAUUAUAUUUGGAAGUUUGAGAGGGAAAUGACUGCUAAGGCCUUGUUUGAAUCUGCUAGUUUCAAUGGCGGCUUCUUAAAAUUGCAGAAACUCAGUCCAUAAAAUGAUCAGUUAUUAGCAUUAUAUAAGUGGAUUGAGUUUUGUGAGAAUCUUGUCCGCAAGGUUGAAGAUUCAAAUCCGAUCGGAGGAGGAAGAACUAUAGUUUAUUACUUCAUCUUCUGCAAGCAUAGAUUUCUCUAUCUAACCAGUACAAUGUACCUAAAAAGAAACGGUGCGUUUUUUUUUGGUCCUUUUCUUUUCUUUCUUAUUUAGGUGAGUUUUGGCACAAUUGUAUGGUGGCUGCCUUAUGACUUAAAAGGUCACGGGGUUUAAAUAUUGAAUAUUGAAAAUAUUUUUGGUUUUUUUUUUUUAAACUGUAGAAAUAAGAUUUCAUGUUGCAUAUAUGAUAUAUUUACUCUUUCAAAUCUCACUUUGUAAGAUUCUUGUCUACUAAGUUGCUCAACUACUCUACUUUUUUUUUGUCCUUG